CUCGCGCGGAUCCCGGCUGCACGGCUCCGCGCUCGGGCGGAGGGUCUCCGCCACAGCCGCCGUCUUUUCGCUCGGCUGCAGACCUUGGAGCAGCCCUCCGGCCCGCGGUUCGGACCAAGGCCGGUGGAGGGUUUUGCCCCGCGAACAUGAACUGGAUGGCAGCCACCUGCUGGGCUCUGCUGCUGGCUGCCACCUUCCUGUGCGACAGCGGCGAGACCAAGGGCGGCCGCGGAGGGGCUCGUGGCAGCGCCCGGGGAGGGCUGCGCGGGGGCGCGCGCGGGGCCCCCAGGGCGCGCGUGAGGCCAGCGCCCCGCUACUCGGGCUCCUCCCUGCGCAUGGGGGCAGCGGGGGCGGCGGCUGGGGCCGCAGCGGGCCUGGCUGCAGGUUCGGCCGGGAGGAGGGUCCUGGGGCCCUGGGAGGGCGGCCUGGAGGACGAGGACGCGGCACCCGAAGGCAACAGGACCGGCGUCUACAGCUACCGGGCCUGGACAUCGGGCGUGCGGCCCGCGUGCGGCCUGCACCUCUGCCUGCUGCUUGGCGGCGCCCUCAGCGCCCUGGGGCUGCUGCAGCCCUAGGCCCAG